AUGACACCUUUGAAACCAGGUUUAACAGGUUCUCAAAGCUUAAAACAUUUUCCACUGUUUAUUAGAUACCAUCACCUUUUGGUAAAGGAUCCCAAAGGACAAUUUGGAAUCAUAAGCCAUUGUGAUAGGCUGUCUCUAGACGAUGCAGAAGAAGAAGAUGAAUUAUUAUUGAGGAUCAUGAAAGAGUUCAAUAUCGAUAUCCCUUUUACGACUACAAUAGGUCUAAUUGCCAAAGGAGACCAGGAGAAGUCAAUGUCAAAACAUAUUGGUGAGAUCAAACAUACAGCAAAUGCAACAAAAAGUAGCGGGUUCAUACGAGAGGGGGAUGUAGAACACGAGAGGACAGAAGAUUACAACGCAUACAAAAAUAAUAUUUCGUGGAUAUGA